AGCUAGGUUUUACGCUUUUGACAGAUGAACAGAAUGUCGCUGAUAUGUAAACAAAACAAAGUUGGUGAUUACGUUCGGUUUUUGGUGGAUUAUACACGUUCAAUCGCUGUUUAGACAAAAAUAGUUAAUCUUUUCUCCAAACAUGGACGAAGACGAAGAAACUCUUUGUAGAUAUGGGUCGGCUCUACCAGCGUUUGAAGAAGAUGUGGUGCCAUCAAAAAAACCAAUCACGGUGGAGGAUCAAAUCGUGCUGGAUAGCAAUGGAAAGCGUCGUUUUCAUGGUGCGUUUACUGGUGGCUUUUCGGCGGGCUACUGGAAUACCGUUGGUUCAGAGGAAGGCUGGAAACCAUCGGAGUUUAAAAGCUCUAGGACAGAGAAAUCCGCAAUGGCUCGACAACAAAAUCCGAUGGAUUUUAUGGACGAGGAGGACUUGGGAGAGUUCGGAAUUGCGCCUCAACGUGUACAGGCAAAAGAAGAUUUUGCACAAAGCAGUACUAACGUUCGAUCCAACAAGCGAAGACUUGAGUUGAGUUUUUCGAAAGGUCCCAUACCCGGUCAGCCAGUGUUGCGAGCGUUGCUCGAACCGGCAAAAGAAAAGACGGCAGUCAAAAUUCUCAAAAAAAUGGGCUGGCGAGAAGGCCAAGGAAUCGGUGAAAGACAAACGAAAGGAGAGAAAAGACGAGCGAGCGAACGGACUAGCAAAGAGCAGUAUAUCAUGAAAAUGUACGGCUGCGAAAUACCGGGUCGAUCAGAGCAGAACAUAGAUACAGAAAACGAUGGAAACGACGAUACUGAUAGCUCUGAUAGCGAUUAUGAGAUCACGUUCGCUCCAGAUGAUUUUGAUCCCUUGGUAGCUGCUCUGAAAGACAAUACUUUCGGAUUAGGCUAUAGCGGGUUGGAUCGUGGUGGGACCUCCAAAGCGUUUCGACUCUUUGAUACACUCGAGGUGGUUGGUAAGAACAACAAAAAGCUUUCUAUUCGCGGACAAGCUUUCGGUAUAGGCGCACUGGAAGACGAUGACGAUGUGGAUGUGUACGCCCGGGACGAUAUGACGCGGUACGAUUUUUCGCUCGAAGAUAGAACUCAAUCGAAACGGGCUAUUGAGGCGAAAAAAUCUGGACUUGAAGCAAACACGUUGGAAGGUUUCUGUCCUGCCAAUAAUGCACGCAAGUUAGCUAAAAAGGUGUUUCGUGUUGAUGUCCCCGGUGGCUUUAGGCCACGAAAUUGGGAGGAACGUAGGUCUCGCUUUGACCCUAUUGAUGAGGGACGGGCCAAAAGAAUGGCACAAGAAAAUGAACACAAAAUUAAAGGCCUCGGAAGACACGAUCUCGACCCGAAGGAACGGGGUGCAAUCUUAGGCGAAAAAGCAGUCGUCAGUAAUCCAUUGUUGGAGAAGAUAAACAAGCAAAGUUCCAGUUUUGUUAGUCGAGAAGUGAUGAAUGAAGAUGCAAAACUUUUAUUGAAAAAAGAGGAAAACGAAAAUGCUGAAAACAAUUCCAAACAAACAGGUUUAUCGCUGAACCCAUCUGGAUUGGUGCAACAUCCGAGCAUUCUGCAGCGACAAUAUGUUGGUUCCACAAAGGAAGGUUUUAAACCGUUCAUUGCAUUGCCCGAAAAGCAGGACCGUUAUGAACGAUUUCUCGGUUUUCAACCUUCGGAACGCUACCUAACCCGUGAACAGUAUCUCGAAUCAUUGCAACCAUUAAAUCUUUCUGCUUGGGAUCGAGAACGAGAGUUGAAGGAAUUCAUGCAAGCCGAACGUAUGUACCGUCCAUUGGACGGUCUGAUGUCAGAAAGGUUCGUAACGGCAUCGAGCCUGAUUGCGGAUGAAACCAUUCCUGUAGAUGGUGAAUCGGGAAAGGUGCGUGAAGUUCGUAUGCAGCGCAUUCGCGUAAUGUGGAAACCGCACAAGGAUAUCUGCAAACGGUUCAACGUUCCAGAACCAUUCGGCGGUAUGAUGGUAGACGAAACAGACGAUACGGAAAAACGGCGAAAGGAAAAGGGGAAAUUUUCUGUAUUCGAUUACCUGGAAGCUCCUGUUACUAAUAGGCGUGAUUUUGUAACACCCACCAUGAUUCCUAACGUACCGCAGACAGGUGAAGGAAAACAAGCGCAUACACCUACGACUUCGACAGUCGAUCCAAUUAGCAAUGCGAAAACUGCAAAUAUUCGAGUUUCAUCGAAGGAUUUUUUCUCCAACGAUAAUUCAACGAACACACCGCCGGUUGGGCGGUCCAAUGAUGAAGUUAUGGACGAACAAUCAAAACUGCAACCUGCCCAACAACCUUCCCGUAGCGUAAUACCACAAAAGCCAGCGAAAAAACGAACGGAACUUGAGGCUAAAGUGCUGGAGGCAACACAUAAAAAGCCUGAGGACAAACGUGAUCUUUUUAAGUCCAUUUUUUGUAGUAGUGACGAAGAGGACGAUCAGAACCAGGAUGGGAAUCAAAUGCAAAGUUCCGAUGCGGAAAAUAUCCCAUCGUCCGGAAAGAAUGCACUAACGGACGAGGAAAAGCUUAAAAUGGUCGACAGCUUUGUCGCGAUUAAGCCCGCCAGCCAGAUGAACAUAUUGCGCAACAAUUCUCCACCGCGUGGUAUUUUUAAAAAUUUGUUCGAAUACAAAAAUCCUACAAACGGUGGCGAUGAAAAUUUGUCUAACCGGGAUGGUGUAUUACAGUUUUCCUCCAAAUCCCAAGAGCUCUCAAAAGUUGAUGAUAAUCAGAAGAAGCGUCCUGAUCAAACAAAAAGAGUAUCUGAUGCAUCCAGCGAUUCGGAUCAAUCAGAAUAUUACGGUCCAAAGCUUCCUUCACAAAACGAUAUGAUUGAUACCGAAAAACCGGCAGGAUCACAACACAUUUUUGCUGCCCGAAAAGCACCGAAAAAGCCGAAGGACGAAAUUUGGAUCGAAAAAGAUGCGUCCUCGUCGAGCAAGGGGAAGAAAAAGAAAAAACAUAAACAUCAUCAGCACAAAAGCAAAUCGAAAGCAAAACACAAGAAGGACAAAAAAAAGAGUAGUCAUAAGCAUAAGAGUAAGCAUUAGCGAUAUGAAGUGAAACACAAAUAAAGCCAUUUCUUAUUUUCAAUAUUGUUCA